AUGUCUCAGUCAAACGUGACAGCAAGGUCGAGUCGUAAAUCGCGAUCUCCGUCAAAAUCUCGUAGUAGGUCAUCAGAGAAAAUUCUGGGUUCUACGACAGACGAUUCGGUACAGAAAGACAAACUCUCCACACCAAAAUUCCAGAUGGUCACCAAGAGUCCAAGCCCCUCACGUCGGAGGGCAUCGGCCAUCCACUUACCAUCUUCCUCUGGUCUGCAGGCUGUAGCAGACGAUCGCCAGCACAGACGUUGCAGAUCCUUGAAAAACAAGCGGGGGGCUUCGAGAAUUCCCCACUCUUCAAGUAGCUCUCAGUUGGCACCUUCAAACAUCAGGCAUUCCCUAUCCGGAAAUCAGUUGCAGGAUCUUCAACUCAUGCCCGGUUGCACACGGUCCAGCAUCAGUCACUCCCUGUCCAUCCCAUCUGGGGAAGACCUGCAGGACCUUCACCUGGUGCGCAAUUUCAGUCUUACGUCCAAGGGUAUUGUCAACCGAGGAGAUUCGUUUCGCUCAAAGUCGAGGUCAACUUCGAUUUGCUCGACCCCGUCCACGCCGGGUCUGAGCUCCGAAGAGGCUUUUCCCGCCUUUUCAGCGGCGUCCUGCCCCUCUUCCCCAGAGGGAGGGCCUUCCAACGAUGUCCUCAAGUACACCGUCUGGAUCAUCGGCUGCAAUGGAGUAGGGAAGUCAUCAAUUCGGAAACAGUUCGCCACAUCAGAAUACAUCUGCCAAGACGACAGUUGGCAAGAUGACAACCUAAGCAAAAAUGUGAUGAUUUCACUGGACGGUGUAGAAACUGAGCUAGAAAUAGUAGAAUUUAUAAACAUUGAUGACAAGGUUCGAUUGAAAGAAAGUGGCCCAGACGCGUAUAUCAUCAUGUACUCGGUGACCAAUCGUCGCAGCUACUUACAAGCCAGGCAGGUCCUGUCCAAGCUGGAGACCACUUUCCACACCCGAGCGGCCAUUCUUGUUGGCAACAAGACCGACCUAGCCAGGCUCAGGACCGUCACCACCCUUGAGGGUCGUUCUUUGGCUAAGGAGCGUGGAGUCAAGUUCGUGGAAACUUCCGUGGCUAUCAAUCACCAAGUAGAUGAGUUGCUGGUGGGCGUAGUCAGCCAGAUCCGCAUCAAGGCCAAGCUAGCAGAAAAGAAAAAGUCACAGCGGCAGACUCAAAGGAGCAAGGCUACUUGCAUCAUCAAGAGACUCUGGAGGAAAACUUGCAUGACCAGCAAGUCAUGUGACAACCUGCAUGCCCUCUGAAUCUUCAUGAGACAAUUUUGAGGAAAAUCUUACACCGCUAUAAUAUCUGCUUCGAUGGACAGAGACUAUCGCAAUUUCAAACAUUCUUUGCUUCAAUCUACAAUGAUGGAGGAGAGUUAUGUUAUAUUUCAGUUUGUUGGUUCCAUAUCUAAUCUCUUGC